UGUGCUCUAUCAGUCCGCGCAGGCGCAGUAGCUCCUCUGUGCGCUCUGUACUGUUUGCAUUGUGUCUGAACUGCCGGCGAGCUUUUAAAAAAAAAAAUAUUAUACCAAACCGCGGCAACAAUGUCGGGCAGGUCGGUCCGAGCGGAGACCCGGAGCAGGGCGAAAGAUGACAUCAAGAGGGUUAUGGCCGCUAUUGAGAAAGUACGAAAAUGGGAGAAGAAGUGGGUGACUGUUGGAGACACGUCCCUCCGCAUCUACAAGUGGGUUCCAGUGACGGAGCCCAAAUCAGAUGACAAAAACAAAAAUAAGAAGAAGGGUAAAGAUGAGAAAUAUGGCUCCGAGUUGACGACUCCAGAGAACAGCUCCUCUCCAGGGAUGAUGGACAUGCACGAUGACAACAGCAACCAGAGCUCCAUCGCCGACUCGUCUCCGGUGAAACAGGAAAACAGUUGUAGCACCAGCCCGGCCCCGGAGCCCGCCGCCACGUCUCACCGCGACAGCAGCGAGGCGAAGACUGACCAGAGCCCCGACAGCAAGCAGGCUAAGACACCCCCGUCAUCAGAGACCUCAGAGAGAGCACAGAGUGCCAAGAGAGACAGUCUGUCCUCGGGGGACAAGGACUCUUCAGACAGCAAAGCCACUCAGGACCAAGAGGAGGAGGCCCCGCCCACCAAGAAAAGCAAAGCGGAGUCUUCGUCUCAGGACUUUGAGGAGAGUUAAAUGUUUGGGGUCGUUCCUCUCCUUCACCCUCCCUCCCUCCCUCUGCACCUCCCUCCAUUAACUCUAGAUAAAUUAGGGCUAAUGGAUCCCCCCCCCACCAUCACACUCCUCUGCCACAAUAUUACCUCUAUUCGCUGGUCCCCCUUUGUGCUUCCUUCCAGUUCUCCACACUUCUUCUACCACCAAUGCCAAGAGAAGCUCCCCUUUGUGACCAGGUGUGUGUGUGUGUGUGUGUGUGGGGGGGGGGCAGGGGGGUCAGCCACCAAACCCUGACCUGCAUCUGUGACCAGAGAGAGUCAACACUGGGGAUCUGAGGUCGAUCCCGGCCGCUGCUCUGAGAGCGUUUGUAAAACGUUUCCCUGGUUUAGCUCAGGACACCCAUGAGGCUAACCUGGUCUCAGAUCAGCGGCGGGGGGGGGGGGGGACCUCAGCCCUAAAACGACCCCGUCACUUCAGCCCUCCCGAUCCGCCUCCUGUUAGUCUGAUGUUCUAUAUUUGUUUAGGAAACGUUUAGGGUUUUGUUCUCAGGAGGGUCAAUGCACUGUUAUGGUUAUGUCACAAUCGAUCACAGAUAGAUUUUUGCUGCUGUAGUGGAAGUCUUUUUUCUCUAUCCAUGAAGAGUUCUCCAUUCACAUGUUUGUUUUUUAUUUUUAAAGUUAGUUUGUGGUUCGUAGAAGAAGAAGAAGACGGUACUGGUCAACGUGAACUCUUGGAUAAGUAGUGACGACAGGCGUCGGUAGCGUAGCUCCUGAAGCUGUGCCUUGAGUUGCUACGUUUCAGGUCAAGCAGGAAUUUAAACUUUGGUGCCAUGUUUUGUUUUGUUUGCCUUAUAAUCAUCACUAAUUAGUAUUCUCCAAUAUUUAUAAUCAACUGCAACGCUUUUUAUUUGAAGGGAUAGUUCAACAUUUCUCGACACCACUCUGGUGUCGUUAGCUUAGCUUAGCAUAGAGACUGGAAACAAAGGGAAAAGGCUAGCCUGGCUCUGUCCAAAGGAACCCCCCAAAAAACAGCUCCUAACUUUCUGUUUUUAUACGGAUUAAACACACGCGACACAAUGUUUUAAUGAGUCAGCCUUUAAUUAGCUGUUUCUGACUUGAUGCUAAGCUAUGCUAACCAUCCCAUGGCUGUAGCGUCAUGAAACCCCCCCCCCCCCCCCCCUCUUCCCCAAAACCUGCCGAGCUAUCCCUUUUUAGAAACAGCUGGAGACUGGAAUUUGAACACUACCCAGAAGAACUUUUACUUUCUGGACAUUUUAAAUGUCUUCAAACCUCGUAACUCAAAGUUCUCCCUCGCUGGUUUGUUUCUACUUCCGGUGGCUUUUGAUUCGUUUCCCUCCUGAAGUAGAACCCGCCCAGUGACGGGGACCGGUUUCCCCCGUCUGGUCCACCAUCAUGGCGUCUCAUCUCUAUGUAUCACUACUUCUCUCUGACAGAAGAGUCUUUCAGCUCAUUGGUUCUGAUCCUCCUUCAAGGUGCUGUCUGCCGGCUGAAUCGUGUGGCAUCGAGCGCCCGGUGUUUGUGCAGAUUUGUGCAAUUUACCUGAACUUUAUAUCCAUGUAUAUUUAUAUAUAUAUGCAUGUAUAUACAGUGCAGAUUCAGACCUGUGACCUCUAAUGUACAUCCUCACCCAUGUUAGACUGAGUUUCAUCACUAUUAACUCGUGAAGAUGGAGUGAAACCAAUGACUUCAUGACACAACAGGGGCUAUUAAGAAGUACUUUUACGACGCAGAAUUACUUGAUCCGAUUUCAGAGAAUCAGCAUUCACGUGGAUGGAGAGAAAAGAAAUAAUAAACACAAAACUGUCUCGGUUCAGAGGAUGGAUUAGCAUAUACCUCAUUCCCAGUCCAGCAGCGCUGGAACUUAAAAUGCUAUUGUAUCGACAUUAACAGUUAUUAAAAAGCAUUAUGUACACUCGGUUUAAAAAAGAAAAGAAUAAAGAUCUCACUUACGUCGUAGCUUUCACCUGAUUGAGCCGAUUGCUUAUAGUUUGCUCAUAACUCUUUAAAAAAAACAAAAAAGAGCCGUGAGAUGUUAAAUCUUGUAUUUUUUUUUCUUUUUUUUUUCUCUUGGGACCAUUUUGUUUCUCUUUAGAUCUUUGUACAGAUUUAUGGUUUGGUUUGACUUAUUUAUUCCAUCAGUAGUGCUCGGUUUUUAUCAUGUCCAAUGGUUUGUUUUCUUAAUAAAAUUCACAAAAGUUG